GCCUUCCCUUUCCGGAAGUGCGUGGCUUCGGGAAGAGAUGGCCGACUUGAAAAAGACCCCCGUUUUAUCGAGUGUAUUAGAAUGUUUUUAUUUACUUGUUAUGGUUUUUUUUUUUAUGCAGAUCUGCACCGCGUCUGGGGAAAUACUUGAUAAUAUGGCAUUUAAUGCUGGCCAGUCUGGCAGCUCUUCGCCGGCCGGAGAAGUAGCGCGAGAUGUAAGGUAUUUGUUAUAUGACGUGAAUCCGCCUGAAGGCUUCAACCUGAGGCGGGAUGUGUACAUCCGCAUGGCGUCCCUGGUAAAAACUCUGCGUAAGCGUGAGGACUGGGUCCUUGUCCUUCCUCCAUGGGGGCGGUUGUACCACUGGCAAAGCCCCGAUAUUGACCAAGUACGCAUUCCCUGGAGCGAGUUUUUCAGCAUAACCAGCCUGCAGGCCAAUGUGCCCGUCAUGGAGUACGAGGAGUUCAUCGCCGAAUCCGGGGGACCUUUUAUUGAGCAGGUCCUGGUGUUACAGAACUAUGCAGAGGGCUGGACCGAGGGCAAGUGGGAGGAGAAAGUGGAUUUGCGCUCCUGCAUCGAGAAGCCAUCAUACUCCAAGGACAAGCAGGGAUACUACAGAGGUUGGUUCUGGGGGUAUGAGGAGACGAGAGGUGUGAACGUCUCCUGUCUGUCGGCUCAAGGCCACGCCUCCAUUCUCGCCCCUUACCUGCUGGAAAACACAACAGCUGUGUCUGUGAUGAUAGAUCGAGCAGAGACUCUUCUUCACGAUCACUAUGCUGGUAAAGAUUACUGGGAUACCAGACGCAGCAUGGUCUUCUCCAAGCACCUGCGCAUCAUCGGGGAUGAAUUUCGAGCAAAGUACCUGAACUCAACGGAUGAGAAGGACCAGACAAUGUACAAUGAAGACUGGACCCGCAUGAAGGCCAAGCCUGGUAGUGCGAAGGGGGGGCCAUACGUCGCGGCCCACCUGCGGAGGAAGGACUUUAUCUGGGGGCACCGUGAUGAUGUACCGAGCCUCAAAGGAGCAGUGAAGAAGAUCCGCAGCCUCAUGAAGCAGCAGAAGCUGGACCGCGUCUUCAUGGCCACUGAUGCUGACGAGGAAGAGCUGGAGCAGCUGAAGAGGAUGCUGCCAAACAUGGUCCGCUAUGAGCCCACCUGGGAGGACCUUGAGCUCCUGAAGGAUGGGGGCGUCGCCAUUAUCGACCAAUGGAUCUGUGCACAUGCCAGGUAUUUCGUUGGGACUUCUGUGUCCACGUUCUCCUUCCGGAUCCACGAGGAGAGAGAGAUCCUCGGCUUUGACCCCAAGACCACUUACAAUCGAUUCUGCGGCGAUGAUGAGCAGGAAUGUGAACAGCCGACACACUGGAAGAUCGUGUACUGAAUUCUUCGUGUGCCUUCGGUUUCCAUCGGAAGAUGGGUGCCAAAGAUGAUUACAGCAACAUAGACGGCAAAAUCCAGACAGUCUGUGUAUUUAAUAGUAUUAUUUUAACACUGAAGCCAUUGGAUUCGAACACGACUUCUUGCGAUGGUUAUAUUUGACGGAUCCCAGCCUUUCAGCACAAAAAAAUCUACAUUUUUGUAUACUGCUAUUAAGUUUGAAUUGUCUGCUUUCAUCUGUCUGAGACACUUGAACUUACCCCUUUCACUGUUUACCUGCCUGGCGGUCCAAUCUAUAUAAACAGUAUCACCUGUUUGACUUAUACCUACGAUGUUACUCAGUGUUAGUGGAGAUGUGCUCUGGUUAAUGGAAGAGCAUUAAGCAGGAAUCUUAAAUGUUAUGAAAAGCAAAGAGGAAUAUUUUCAGUCUGACACUUCAGAUUUGAGUAUCACAUUUGUCCUGUUUUUGCAAAUGACUGAUUCGCGCCUGUUGAAAACAAGUGUUUUUUUUUUAAAUAGAAAAACGGCCAUAAUUUUUUGCAUUGGUGGACAGGUAGGAGAUAAUGGACACAUUUUUUUUUUUUAUCUCAGUUGAUACUUUAUUGCAGAUGGACAAAAUAAUCAGUACUUAUUGUAGAUUGAUAGUUAUUUUGUAUAAUUUUUUUGUGACGGAUAGUUGACAUUUACUGCCAUCCUCCACUGUGUAAAGGGCAUGGCAUAUCUUCGAAGAUUGCUGUCCUAGAACGAGGUAUUUAGGCAGUACUCUGUAAUAGCUGAUCCAUGUUCACUGCCAAGGAAAGUGUGUCAUUCAAUACAACGAACAGUUUUAAUCAGUGUACUGUUGUUGUAAUAGACACCAGUUGCUGCUGAGAAUACUGUACAAGCAUCCAGGGACAAAAUGUUACUCAUUUUAAGCCACUUGAGAAGUUUAAUAAAAAAAUGCAAUGAAAUCUGAA